AUGGUAAAUCAAAAUUUUCCAGGUCUAUUCGAAACAGAGGGUGUACGCCUGCCCGGGACAGAAUGUGACUACCAGUUCAGUAGAUCCGGGAACCGUCCCAGCCAUGGCCGGUUUUACAGCCCGAGAUACCCGUCCACAUACCCCAAUAAUGUGCGAUGUUCCUAUCAUUUUCAUGCCAGACCGAAAGACCGCGUCAAAGUAGUCUUUGAAGAAAUUUACUUGCAAAAAGGAGACGUAAGUUGCUUACGGCGGGCGGAUAUCAUCAAAGUGUUCGACGGACGAGAUACGAACGCCCCAACAAUAGCUAUGCUGUGUAACGAGAUUACAGGAUAUGAGGUGUUGUCUACGGGUCCGUCUUUGCUGCUUCAAUUCACAGCCAAUUCAGUAUCGCCAGGCCAAGGCUUUGCUGCUACUUACCACUUUCAGCCGCCACCCGACUCUACUGCAGCAGAUUCCGAUCGUCUCCUAAAAUUGAGUUUCGGGAAAGCGUUCGAGUCUCUCGGGCCUGAAGUAAGCGCUACAAGUAAGUGA